AUGGAGCUGAUAACAAAUGAAACGGAUAAAAAAAAACUUGACGAAAUACGUUGGAGACUUUUAGAUUUUAUCUUAAUUAGCUUAGAAGUUGAAGUGAGAUUCAUUUUAGUGGCAAUUGGCAAGAAAGCCAAGGCUUUGCGAAACAAUAAAGUUGUUGUACAAUGGCUUCAGUUGAUUUUAAGGGUUAAUCAGUUAUCCUCCCAAAGUUCACAAGAUUGUUUAAUUUUAAGCUUCCAUUUGACCUAUUCUGUACCGUUUUACCACUUAACCAGAUUCAUGACUCAUAAAUUAUUAAAAUACCAUUCAAGAUGCAGCAAGAAUAUAAAAAAAGCAUCAUUGAAAGAGGAGAGAAGACAGAAAAAUGAAAAGUAG